UGGUAGCAGUGAAAAUGAAACUUUUAUGAUUGAGAUUUCUAAUGACAAAAAGUAUGAAUUGCUCAAACAUAUAGUAAAAAAACGCUUAGUACCUUUAUUUGAUUCCAUUCCUUCUACUCAAAUCACCCUUCGUUCAUCCGCUAAUGGUCCGAUUUAUAAACCAAUGGUUAGAAUUUCUAAAGACUUUGCUGAUAGCCCUGAUGAAAAUGGCCUUCAUAUUUAC